AUGGGGGAUUGUCCUGGGAGGAAGAAGAAUGGUGAUUCUAUUCAUGUUGCAAUUGCCUUAGAUAAGGAUGGCUAUGAUAGUGCUAAUGUAUUAGUGGUAUCGAGUUUGGAUACUGGAGAGGGUUGGGUCAUGGACUCAGGUUUCUUUUAUCAUAUGUGUUCAAGAAAAGAAUACUUUAAGACUUUGAAGAUGGAGUCAUGUGAGGUAGUACUCCUUGGUGACAAUAAUGCUUGCAAGGUGAUUGAGGGUCUUGCAAGUGCAGGACUUGAUUCUUCCAAUCUUAUUCUUGGAGUUGAUUUCGCCAUGCACAAUGAGUGGACAACAAAAAAUCCAUUUAAGAGACGGAGUUUGCACCAUAUUGGGAAUGGUUUAAAUCCAUAUGAACAAGCAAUAUCAAUUAUUGGGAAAACCUUGGCUGCAUUUGAUGAGGAUAACUUGAUUCCAUGUUUUGGAUUUGGGGAUUUAUCAACACGUGACCAAGAUGUCUUUAGUUUCAAUCCGGACGAAAGUUAUUGCAAUGGAUUUGAACAAGUUUUGAGUCGGUAUAGGGAAAUUGCCCCUAAUAUUCAAUUUGCAGGCCUUAGAUCCUUUGCACCCAUCAUUGAAAUGGCCAUGACAAUCGUGGAGAAAGGUGGAGGUGAAUACCGUGUUCUAGUCGUAAUUGCAAAUAGCCAGGUAACAAGAACUAUUAACUCUCAACAUGGGAGGCUUAGUCCACAAGAGCAAAAAACUGUGGAUGCCAUUGUUGAGGCUAGGUAUGUUUUAUUUAUCUACAUACUUUGUGAUAGUAAAUAUCCUCUUUCAAUCAUAUUGAUUGGUGUUGGAGAUGGACCUUGGGACAUGAUGGAGGAGUUUCAAGACAAUAUACCAACUAGAGCAUUUGAUAAUUUUCAGUUUGUGAAUUUCACGGAAAUUAUGGCAAACAACAUUUCACUUUCACGAAAAGAGGCAGCAUUUGCUCUAGCAGCAUUCAUGAAAAUUCCUUCUCAGUAUAAAGCUGCAAUAGAGCUUCAUCUACUAGGUAGUAGGAAGGCCAAUGCUCCUAAGAGAGUUUCCCUACCAACACCCUCUUAUGAUUCAGUAUCUAUUGGCUCAAGUUCUACUUAUGACAAUCAGGUAUAUCUUAGAAAGUGCUUCUAAAGAAAUUGACAUGUUCUUGAUUGGUUGCAAACAUGAAUCUUACAGAAAAUUGCUUCAGUUAUAUGAUUAUAUUUAUUAUGUUGUUUAGUUU